AUGACAAUUGCAGUGAAAAGGUUAAAGGCGAUGACUGCAAAAGCGGAAAUGGAAUUUGCAGUGGAAGUAGAGGUUCUGGGUAGGGUGAGACACAAGAAUUUAUUAGGUCUGAGAGGAUUUUAUGCAGGAGGAGAUGAAAGGCUUAUAGUUUAUGAUUAUAUGCCAAAUCAUAGCUUAAUCACUCAUUUACAUGGAAAACUUGCUGCUGAUUGCUUAUUGGAUUGGUCAAGAAGAAUCAAUAUAGCCAUUGGAGCAGCAGAAGGAAUCGCUUACUUGCACCAUGAAGCAAAUCCUCACAUAAUACACAGAGACAUAAAGGCCAGCAAUGUCCUUUUAGAUUCAGAAUUCCAGCCCAAGGUAGCUGAUUUUGGGUUCGCAAAACUUUUACCAGAAGGAGUAACUCAUUUGACGACAAGAGUUAAAGGAACCCUAGGGUAUUUAGCACCAGAAUAUGCAAUGUGGGGUAAAGUUUCAGAAAGUUGUGAUGUUUAUAGCUUUGGAAUCCUUCUUCUAGAGAUAAUCAGUGCCCGAAAACCACUCGAAAAACUCCCUGGUGGUGUUAAACGGGAUAUAGUCCAAUGGGCUACUCCAUAUGUGCAGAAGGGCGCCUUUGAUCACAUUGCAGACCCUAGGUUAAAAGGCAGUUUUGAUAGAGAACAGCUGAAAGAAGUGAUUAUGAUUGCUAUGAAAUGUACCGAUAGUAAUCCGGAGAACAGGCCGAGCAUGUUAGAGCUCGUGGAUUGGUUGAAGGGUACCGGCCUGCCAGCUGGCAGCAGGAAGAAGGAAAUCGGAAUAGUGAAAAGUGCAGUCGAUGGAUAUGAUGACGAAGAUGAAGAUGAAGCAUAUGAUGAUGAGGAUGAUGAAACGGAUUUUGAAGAAUUGGGAACGGAAAAAUUCUCAACAAGAACAAAGAGGAUUUAGAUUGAGUUUUCUUGAAAUUGAAUUGUAUUUGCACUUGUGGGAGUUAUAGCUAGGGUUCUUGUAAGUUGUAAAGUUCAUAUUCUACUAUGGA